AUGGCUGAUCCUUUAGCCUCAGUUUCUUCAUCUUCGUUAACUAUCCUGCCUCCAAAUUUGACACUUCUAAUCUCCAAUCUGUCCUCAUUCGUAACAGUGAAGCUCAAUGCUCCAAUUUUUUUGAUUUGGAGGAACCAAAUCCAAAAUAUCUUAAGAGCUACUGGUUUGCUUGGAUAUGUUGAUGGAACGAUUCCAUGUCCACUAGCAAAGAUCAAGGACUCUUCUGGAUCUAAAUUUCAACACUGUUAUGAAAUUUGGAAUGCUUUGAUCAAAAGAUUCAUCAUUCUCUCUACUUCACAUAUUCAUCAACUCAAAAAUAAGUUGAAUACUGUGUCCAAGAAAGGUGCAUCCAUGGAGGAGUAUUUGACUCAGAUCAAGGAAUUGUCAAAUCAGUUAGCACUUGCAUCUGCUAUAGUUGAAGAUGAAGAUCUUGUGUUAAUCACAUUGAAUGGUCUUCUCGACGAGUAUGACUCAUUUAAGACUGCUAUUCAUGCACGAUCAGAAGGAAUUUCCAUGGAUGAAUUGUGUGCCUUGCUUUGUUCCGAAUCGAUUCAUGUUGAACUCAAAACGCACAAAUUAUCCCCUAUUGAGCAACCUAAUGUUGUUUUCUCUGCUGCUCAAGGCUCUCGUUCAAAUCAGAUUGGUUCUUCUGGAUAUUUUCGAGGUUCACAAGGUCUCUAUUUCUCUAAAGGAGGAAGAGGAGGUCGAUUUUCUCAGCAAUCCUGUGGUCGAUUCUUUUCCAGAGGCAGAGGGUGUAAUGGACCAAUUUGUCCAAUUUGUGGUGUCUUUGGCCACAUAGCAUUUGAUUACUGA